GUAGUAGAAGAAGAAGAAGAGGAACACAAGAAAGAAGAAAAAGAAGAAAAUAUGAGUGGUGAUAGAACGUCGACGACGAUGGUUCUACUAAUUGUUUCGAUCGUCCUUUCUUCCCUUUGGACGAUGUCCGUCAACGGCGCCGGCUUGAAAUGUGAUGCUGUCAGGCCGGAUUUCGAAGCACAGGGCUUUCCAUUGAGCGAUAUACCGAAAGAACCAAUUUCAUCAAAGGAAUUGAAAAUAUGCGGUGGUAUAAGCAGCGGAGGGGAAGUUUGUUGUUCUGCCGACAUGGAAUUACGAUUACAAGCAAGGGCACGAGAUAAACACGAGAAAGCAACUAGGGAUACUCUUCAACGACUUCAUCAGCUCUUGUCCACUCGUGGAAAUAGGUUUCACAGUUUCUUCAAGGAGCUUUUGGCGACCAGCAAGAGAGGCUUCCACGAGAUGUUCAAAAAAACCUAUGGGAUUUUGUAUGAACAAAAUGCUUACGUCUUCACGGAUCUCUUUAAAGAACUUGAGAAUUAUUAUGCUAAAGGAACGGUGAAUCUGGACGACACGAUGGACAAUUUCUUCAAUACGCUUUAUCAAAAAAUGUUCACCGUGUUGAACAGUCAAUAUAAGUUCGACGAUAAGUAUUUGGAAUGUGUGGGCGAUCAUAUGAAGGAAAUGAGGCCGUUCGGUGACGUACCUCAAAAACUCAGCGUUCAAAUAAAAAGAUCGUUCGUUUCGACUAGAGCUUUCAGUCAAGCUCUAACAGUCGCUGCUGACGUUCUGAAGAACAUGCAAACGUUGAAAUCAUCAGCAGAAUGUGCUGCGGCGUUGACAAGAAUGACAGCCUGUCUCUCGUGCAGCGGUAUCGCAGGGAAGGUGUUGGCUUGCGGCGACAUGUGUACUAACGUAAUGAAGGGGUGUUUAGCACAGCACGUGGCGCUUGACGGCGAAUGGAAUCAAUUUGUCGAGGCCUUCGACAAAGUAGCCGAUCGUUUACUUGGUCCAUUCAACAUAGAGAUGUUGAUGAAACCAAUAAACUUAAAGAUAUCGGAAGCGAUAAUGAACUUUCAAGAGAGCAGUAGCGACGUCUCGCAAAGGAUAUUCACCGGUUGCGGACGUCCUGUCUUGGGUAGACGAAGACGUAGAGAUAACAGAGAAUUGGAACUUGAAUCGUUGAACUUCGAUCAGGAAACGUCGGCCGAGGAUCGUUCCUCAACCGCUGCGAUAUUGGACAAGCUCGUCAAAGAGAUACGACAGAGGGUGAGAGAUUCUCGACAGUUCUGGGUCUAUCUACCGUAUCAGUUGUGCAAUGAUGGUUUAGUCCAACCACCUAGUAAUACAAAGGAAUGUUGGAAUGGCACCCACGUUGAUAAAUAUAUAUAUCCGGUAUCUUCGGACGGAGAGACGCAACCAUUAAAUCCGGAAGUACGAAGUAGCGGACCAAGGCCUACGAUCGUCAGAGAUCAAAUAUUUGCAUUAACGACGAUAACGAAUAGGCUUAGAUCCGCGUUCAAUGGUCAAGACGUCGAUUGGAUAGAUACAGAGGAAACGUGGUACGGAUCCGGAAGUGGUUCAGGUGAUGGUUCAGGUGGUAUAGACAACGAGAAUCAUUUCGUUGACGAAGGAUCGGGUUAUGGUGGUGAUCAUACGUCCCCAGAACAACCACCGAAACAAGCAACACCUAAUAAAGGUCCAGAAGAAGUACCAACGAAGAUAGACUCAGAGACCAAGUCAAAUACAAAUGAUAAUGUCAAGAAACAUGGUGGCAAUAAUACAACGUCUACGGUUGACGUUAGUGGAGCUAGCAGACAAAAAAUAUCAUUGUCACGAGCAUUGACAACGUAUUUGGUGCCGAUCGUCGUUAUGUGGUUUGGUGGAUGUCUCACCGAGUGGCUGUGAUCAUACGGCAUUAUUAUCGAUCCAGUAGUGUACUACAGUGUAAAUAUCUUCUCUCUCAUGUCUGUGUUCGUGAGAGUACGAUAAACUCUUUUUCAUUCGAUGAACGACGAUUUAACUCCUACCCUCAUUCUCCUAAAUCAGAACCUUGCCUAACUACAACAACAACAACAACAACCCUUUUACUUUCCCAACUACCCUUUUCCAAAAGCCCUCGUGAACGUCGUAAAACUGAUAAUUCUUGAGUGACGAAAAAAUUUCCUCAAUAUUCCUUGAUAAACGAUGAUAAAACGAGUGAA